GAUUGAUUGGUCCUCUGUAUGCUUGUAUACAACACACAAAUAGCAAACAAGACAGUCUUUCUUGAAUCAAUGAAUGGAUGGAUGGAUGCGCGAUUGAUGAGCAAACAAACGAAUGACCGAUUUCCUCAUGUAUCGCGUCACACGACAUCCCUGCCACCUCGCUGCAUGCACUCUGCACUGAUCUCCUGGCUGUUCGCCCUUGCCCAUUCGCACCUCAGCAACGAAGCCGAUUUGCAAAUGAGGUGGGGCUCCACCCAACAGCAGUAGUAGGAACACCGAAAGCAGGCGGCCACCGCAAUCGCCGCAUCCCUAGGAUGCGUCUACCGUCAGCCUGCCGCAACUGUCCUCUCGGCGACACGUCUGAUCUCUCUCUCGGCCGAUGUCGCCCAACAGCACCACCCACUAGAAGCACCACACUGCCAGCAUCAAUGUCCACCGGCGGGCUAAGCUUCAUAGUAGGCGGUGGGCACCGCAUCGACCGAAGUGAGCUCCCGCUCGCCAGACUGCUGGGACAGCAGCAGGGCAUGGUGCAUUGGGUGGGUGGGGUGGGCGGAUGCAUAGGUGCGAAGCUGCAUCCAUGAGUGGAAGUAGUGGGCCGCAAUGAGACCCGCUGCUGCGCCGACAGCCACGUCGGACAGAUGGUGCCGAUUGUCCGUCACACGAGAUACGGACACUGCAGCAACAAACCGGGCAACAAACCACACACACGCAUCACGUCUGUGGGCUGAGUCCGGGUCUCUCACCUGUGAUGGCGACCAGGGCAGCGGCUAUGUUACAAAGCUGAUGAAGGGCCUGCAGUGGAGCACAGGCAACAGUUUGUUGUGUGUUGUAUGCACAAGACAAGGGCUGAGGAUCAUGGACACACACGCUUCGCCUCACCGGCGCCUUCUUCGGCGGCCAAUGAUGCCUUAAAUAAAGCUGACAAGACACACACGGCAGACGGAUACGGCCUAGAGAGAGGUGGAUUAUCAAGAUUUCCUCUCUCCCUCCUGCCUGACUGCCUGUCUGUCUUCCUGUCUGAUCGAGUCACUCACCACUAACAGGCCCAUUGCAUAGAAGCUGCAGGCGGCAUGGCCAGAUGGGAAUGAGAGACGACCUGUGGCCCGAACACAGAGAUCACAGACGACGAGUGAGGCAGUCUGUCUGGUGUGAGUAGGUCCAUCUCACCCUGCAGGAUCGUCCGUUCGUCGCCCUUACAGACACCAACCUGAUAUCCUGCACACACACACACACACGUAUGUUCGCGUGCCGGCUGUGUCGGCGCAGCUGGUUGGCUUACCGACCUUACCGACCAGGAUAGAAGUCUUGCGGCUGAUACGGGGCAUACUUCGGCUGACACCUGCUGAUAAAAUCAGGCCGCAACCUGCCCACCAUCUUCUUAGUAAGAUCCACAGCGAUGCCCAGCACAAACAAGCCCAGUGUGCUGCCAUAUAGCUGUCGUGACCAGGCCACUCUCGGCCGCAGCCUCAGCCAGAACAGAUCAAGACACAGUAGCAACACCUGCAGCAGUUGCCAAGCGAACAAACGGUACAUUCAUGUGUGUGGCUGAUGGUGUGGCUGCUGGCUGACCAGGGUGGCAGCAACAAUGGCCGCGAGCGUCCAUGCAGGUACGAUCUCUCCGCUCUUCAUCGGCGAAGAUAUCGAGGUGUCACUGAAACAAACACACGCACAGUUGACGAGCUCACCAUCCACAGCGACUCAUUCAUCCCAUUCAUCUGUCAUCUCCCUCACCCUUUGAAGAACGACCUCUUGACAGCCACGCCAGGCACCAGUUCUGCGAAGGCAGCAGCAAGGCCAACACCCACAAAUAGCGCCCCAUCGGUCCAGUGCGCCACGGCACCCGCAGCGUUGCCCCGCAUUUCCUCGUAGGGCCCCUCUACGUCCACCGACACGUCGGCCUGCUUCUCUGCGGCUGCUGUUGGCUGCGGUGCUGUGGACGAGUUGGGAAGGGCUGAUGGAUCUGGCUCAUUGGACGACGGCCGUUGCUGCAGCUCACGAUAAGACGGACCGUUGCCGCGCUUCUGCAUCUUUGCCCAUCUCCCUUGCCCUUCUCUCCUUUGAGAGGGAGGC